AUGCGUGUUUCGACUCUGCUUCCAUUCAUUCUGGCCGCCGCUCCGGCCGUGGUCUCCGCUCGGGGUACCCUGGGCUUCUCGCUCGGUGACAAGAAUGCCGACGGCACUUGCAAGUCGACCAGCGAUUAUGAGGCCGACUUCGAUGAUCUGAAGGAUCUGGCCACCCUCGUUCGCACCUACUCCGGCACCGAAUGUGACACCCCUCAGAACAUCCUGCCCGCGGCCAAGAACAAGGGCUUCAAGGUCGUUCUGGGUAUCUGGGUUGGCGCACAGGACAAGAGUGACAUGAGCACCAACGAUGCAUCCUUCGUGAAGGAUUUCGCGGCGCUCAAGAAGGCCGUUCCCGGCUAUGAGAGCCAGGUCGAUGCCAUCACGGUUGGCUCCGAGACCCUGUACCGUGGCGAUCUCACCGGGCCCCAGCUCCACAACUAUAUCAGUGCCGUCCAGAAGCAGUUCCCUAGCAUCACCGUCGGUACCGCCGAUAGCUGGAACAAGUUCGCCGACGGCACCGCCGAUGACCUGUUCACCACCGAUACCGAUGACAACCCCAUGGUCACCUACGUCCUGGCCAAUGCGUUCGCUUACUGGCAGGGCACUGCCGCUGACAAGGCCUACAAGACCUACUUCGAUGAUAUGUCUGGAGCCAUGUCGCACAUCCAGCAGGUGGCGGGUGACAACGCCGACAAGAUCCGGGUGAUCAACGGCGAAACUGGCUGGCCCACUGAUGGUGGCUCCGACUACGAUGCGGCCAAGGCGGGCACUCAGAACGCCGAGACCUUCUGGAAGACCGGCGUCUGCGGCAUGCUCGCUUGGGGCGUGGAUCUCUUCUACUUCGAGGCCUAUGACGAGUCCUGGAAGCCCGACAGCGUGGGCGACAAUGGCCAGGCCAUGGACGAGAAGCACUGGGGUCUCCGCACCGCCGCGCGCAAGACCAAGUUCGACACCACCUGCCCGAAAUAA